AAAUUUUAACAUGAUGAAAAAAAUAGAUGAAUAAACCAAAUCAAAAUAAUGUAGUGAAUACUACCAGUAUAUGAAACAAACAUUAAUUUUAAUAUAUUAAAAAAAGGAGGAAGGAAAAUACAAUUAAAUGAUGAAGAGAAUGGCUGGCUUCACACCUGCAACAUCCUCAUUCCACCACAUCUAAUCACACCUGAUAUGCAUAACCAUGGUCCAUUGAUCUACUAAUAUCUGGAGGUGGGGCAGUAUUUGCAUACAUCAUCUUAACAAUAGAGGACUGUUAGACUUGGAGAUAUGGGCAAAGGUUCAGUUUAGUUGAUAUGAAAUCAAUAGCGAACAGCUGUGCAAUAUGAGCCAUAUAACAUAGAACACACCUACAAUGCAUGAUCAAUAUCAGGAUGCAUGUUGGGAAAUAUACAACCAGACAUCUGUUGCAUUUUCAUGAAUUCACAAAGUGUGACUGUUUACACAGACUACAACAGUGAAGUAGGUGUGUGUCAUUCUGACGUGGCACACGCAGGGAGACAGAAACCUGCAGCAAAUUCAUGACAGUUUUUGUGUUCAUGAGGAUUCUUAAGGCUGAUGAAGACAUGUGAUCUGCAGUUACAGAAUUCAUGUGGAUUUUAUGAUGAGGCAUGAGAAAUUGUGUUCUAAUUCUUCACACCACUGACUCCGUAUCUGUGCAUGGUCCCGAGACACUCUGAGAUAACAGGAGUGACAUGUCGACACAAGCAGGGUGAUGUGACAACGCUCUGGGGCACAACACUACAAGUACCUCAGAUUUAUCAGUGGAUACAGCUCGGAACACUGACCCAUCUCAAUGAAAGUUAAGACAAUGUUUAUACCUGUCAUAAAUCAUUUCUAAAUUAACUGAAAAGUAUUUACAAACUCGCACUACCAAAGGAGAAUGUCCCCUAAAAUGAGAUGUCAUUGUCAAAGCCAGUGUGACCGAUUUCAGCACUGAGUCUGUAGUGAGUUCCAUGGCAACAGUAGAAGCAUGCAGAACCCCAUACAAGAAUUGCUGCAGUGUGCGGUGUGUCUGGGUACAGUGGCACGUCCACGAGUGCUCCCCUGCUUCCACUCCUUCUGUGAAUCCUGUCUCACCACUCACAUCCGGACCACAACCGGCACAAGUAGGUUCCUCUCAAGAAAAUUUAAUUGUCCAUCGUGCCGAAUUUCCACAGACCUGCCCCCCGGUGGAACAGAUGCCUUCCCACAUGACUUCAGACUCAUCCAGUUCACUGAUGCACUCAAAACAAUCGUAAACCUCAAGAAAGAAGGCCUAUGUGGCAUCUGUUGUACUGAGGAGUAUUUCAGAAGCGCUAAACAGUUUUGUGCCGACUGUCAGAAGUACUUCUGCAACGACUGUUCCCUGAAACAUCGGCUGACUCCAGUUCUCAGUCACCACUUCAUGCUGGAUCUUCCCGUGGAUGGUCAAAGUGCCGGACCCUCCUGCCACACUCAUCCCAAAGAAUCAGCGAAGUAUGUCUGCAGCACUUGUACCUUUCCCGUGUGUGUCAUCUGUGUGAUGGGCCAGCACAAGUUCCACAACAUUGCCCAUCUGAACCCCUCCAGCUCCCUCCAGCGCACCGAGCUCCACGACAGCAUGAGUCACAUACGCGAACAUAUCUGGUCCAUCCAUGAGACCCUGUUCAACCUCACGUGUCUGGAGGGCAAACUCAAGGGUCUGUUUGAAGAGUCGCGACUGCAGAUCAAGAAAAGGUCCCGGAAACUCAUCAAUCGUAUCCUUGGUGAUGAAGGGCAGAUCCUGAAGGACCUGGAAGCCAUUUAUGACACAAAAUGCAGUGAAGUCUUCAAGAUGAAGGAGAAGUGUCGCAAGAAGCUGUCAUCAUGUGAGACUCUUCAGUCGCAUAUCGGAACCUUGCUUCGAUCAGAUGACCUUCACGAACUACUUAUUAAGUAUCCCAAUCUGAGCGAAGAACUGGAGAAGACACGACAACCCUCUGAUCUCCUGAAGUCACAACACCUGCUGACAUUCGUCAAGUUUAAACCGGGCCAUUUCAAGCUGGGGAAGCUGUUGGAGGUGGAUGUCAAGGAUGAAUCCAGGACCUUGGUCCCACAAGAGACCACUCACAUCCCGGACACUAGCGACAGCAACACCUCCGGUGAGGAGCCCAACACCAGGACCUACAUUCCUACUUCUCUAAGACUUGUUACUGAUACUGAUGACCGUUUGGCCUUGUCUGAUGUUGAUGACGAGACAAAUGACCUUGCCCAUAACCUUCAACUGAGGACUGGAGUUUCACCGAUGCCAGAUCUGAACUUGGAUCUCCCUUACAAAACCCCACUCCAGCUGAGGAGUGUGUUUGGGAGCUAUGGACGAUCAAUGGGGAGCAUGUGUCUUCCAUACAACAUUUGUUUCACCAGAGAGGAUAAACUGGUGGUUGCAGAGAACGGAAACAGACGUCUGCAGGUGUUUGACAUUGAUGGGGAAUCUAUAGAAUUCAUUGGGAGUGGUGAAAUCAUUCCUAGAUGUGUCACUCAAACACCUUCAGGUGACCUUGCCGUCACGGAUGAACUAUCAAAAACCAUCAAAGUUUAUGACUUGGGGGGAAACCUCAAAAUGACUCUAAAUCCCAUCGGGGCAACGUUUCCAUUUGGCUUAGCCACUUCUCAAACUGGCCUCUUCAUUUUCACCGACAUGAUCUUUGAAAACAUAAGCAUCAUCACUGCAUCCGGAAUCCUUAAACGCCAGUUCGGAUCUCAUGGCUGUACCCAAGACCGAUUCGAUAACCCAGGAUACAUUUCCGUCAGUCAGCACGAUAAAAUCUUCGUCUCUGAUUCAAGUAACCAUGCCAUCAAGGUGUUUGACAUGAAUGGAACAUUUCUCUACAAAUUUGGUUGCUAUGGAACCAGUGAUGGCCGACUACGGUACCCUAAAGCUGUAUGCUUUGACAUCUUUGGCAACAUUUUCAUUGCAGACUCAGGAAACGACCGUGUGGUGUUGUUUUCCAGCAUCGGACAAUAUCUGGGUGUGGUUGUUGGCCGAGACCAGGGACUACAACGGCCAACAGGUCUCAGCUACAGUAACCAGGGUUACCUAGCCGUGUCAAUGCCCGAUAUGAAUGAGAUCAGGAUAUAUCACCUCAUUUCUCGGGCAUAUCCCGAUGUCAGACUCUGACAGAGCGUGUGAUCUUAGCACUAAGACCAUUAUUACAGAAUGGAGUGACCAUAAAAUCCCCUUGUACAAGUGGGCCCUGUCUGUAGAUGGUGCUGACAAAACAAUUUCCGAUUAGGUCUGGAAAGAGGUGUUUAUUCUUGGAGGCUCCAUUAUUUACAGCAUCAAAGUGAUGGAGACAUAAAUGUGACACACCACUUGAAUUUGACCUAGUCGACAUGGACAACUUUAACGAUGGUCCAUGAUAUAAUUCCAUAUUCCAGGAAAAAUAUUGAAUAAAUAUGAAAUUGUG